GCCUACAAGAAGAUUGAACAAGAAGAAAACAAGGCCGAAUGGACCCAUGAACUCCUUUCUGCCGCUGCUGGUUUCGCUGCCAUGCGCGCCUACAACAAGAAGAAGGAAGAAGAAGGUGCCAACCCUGAAGAUGACCACCAUUUGGCCAAGCAAAUGAUUGCUGCUCUUGCUGCUGCCUCCGUUGACCACCUUGUCGAAACCAAGGGUAUGGACUGGGUUGACCGCCACAAGGCUAAGAAGGAAGCCGAAGAAGAA